UCGUUAGCAGUCAUGGCAGAGUCUGCUUUGUUUUUUGUAGUUAGUAACAUUCCCGUUGUUUUUCGUUCAGUGGACCUGAGAAAUUACUUCAGUCAGUUUAUCGAAAGCGGAGGAUUUCAGUGUUUCCACUAUCGGCACCGGCCGGAGUUUGCCCGGGAGUCGACGGAAAACAGCGAUAAUGUUGGCGUUGGGACUAAAACGGUGAAAUCGUGCUGCUGUGUUGUCUCGGUGUUCGCUCAAGAAGCUCACAGGUUCAUCAAAAUGUAUACGGGGAAUCACUGGAUCGACUCUAAGGGCCGCUGGCUGUCUCAACGCUGUGUUAUUAAAAGAAUAAAAGUCUCUUCUGAAAAAGAUGACCAGUUGUUCCCCUAUAAAACAAAGUCAGAGCAGCGUCAUCGUGUGUCCUUCACAGAGCGUUUCACAGAAGCUGACCUCCAAAGCUUAUCUGAGCUGAACCCACCCGCUCUGAUGCAGAAUGGAAACGUGGGAACACCACUGAAAGUAUUCCUCCAGCACAUCCAGUCAUGUCGUCUGCCUCCACGUCUCAUUAGGAAACUGGGCCUCACUUUCCACAAGACCGGCUCAAAUCGUCGGUAUGGCAACGUACCUUUCCAGUACCAGAACACUCCCACGCUUCCAGCCACAGAGGAGUCUGUUUUCACCGCUGCCGGGCAUGAAAUAUCCGGUCCGGGUGUUGUUGCUGCUCCACUUUCAAGAUCGUCAGAAUCUCGUGACCACACAGAAAGAGCAGAGACCCCUGAGCCACAGAAGGAAGAGGAGGAUGCACAGUCUGAUGCAGAUGAUGAUAACGACUGCUGCGAGGAGUGGGAGCGCCAUGAAGCUUUGCAUGAUGAUGUCACGAGCCAGGAGCGGAGCAAGGAGAAGCUGUUCGAGGAGGAGAUUGAAUUGAAAUGGGAAAAGGGGGGCUCGGGUUUGGUCUUCUACACUGAUGCUCAAUAUUGGCAGGAGGAAGAAGGAGACUUUGAUGAGCAGACGGCAGAUGACUGGGAUGUAGACAUGAGCGUUUACUAUGAUAAAGAUGGCGGUGACAUGGAUGCUCGGGACUAUGUCCGAAUGCGGUACGAAAAGAGGCUCCGGGACGGUCUUGAAGACAGGUCGGGACACACUCAGAUUAUUGGCACCUUUGAGAUGUUCACAAAGGGUGUUGGCCGACGUGUGAUGGAGAAGCAGGGAUGGAAGGAUGGAGAAGGAUUAGGAAACAGUAAGUCUGGGAUACCUGAAGCCCUGGAAAAUGAAGGACAACAUCCCAGAUGCAAAAGGGGCUUUGGGUAUCAUGGAGAAAAAUUGGUUUUGCAUCCAGUAAAAAAGCGUCGAACAUAUUACCACAUAAGUACAGUGUAUGAUGAUCCCAAAGACAUCGAUAAAGGGGAUCCUUUGCUGAGACGCCAACCAAACACGAGCAUGAAGUACAGAGGCUGGCAGCCAGGGGGCAGUCUCAGAUCACGAAGAUGACCACAGUCAAAUUUUUGUUUGUGUAUAUAUUUGCAAAUUCAUGUGUCUACUUGGUUAAUUAAACAUUUCUACAAUUUUUAUU